AGAGAGGAGCUUUGUGCAGCUCGCCUGGCAGCAGCUGGAGGGACGUGGGACGCCUUUUUCUUAUUUGGCUGUUUCUGGGGGUGUGUGGUUUGGUGCCACUUCAGAGCAACUUUCAACUGAUGAAGAUGGAAGGAAAAAUAUUCUGUCUCACCAUCCUCUUUUUAGUCUGUUUCCAGACCUGCUCUGCUACCACUGGGCCGACAAUCUCACCUGAGGAUCGUCAGAUUACUGUGGAAUUACACUCCACCUUCAUGCUUAGCUGUUCUGGUUCUGAGAAUAUCCUUUGGAGGCACAGAGAUGGGCUUAUUGUCACUCCAGUUGAGGUCAUAAAUGGAGUAUACAAGAGCAACCUCACACUGCACAAUGUGUCCGGGGCACACACAGGCCUGUACACGUGCCAUUACAAGACAUCAGAGGCCAAAGCAACAAGUACUUACAUCUUUGUUCCAGAUCCACAGCUGUGGUUCCUUCCAGUGGAUUACAAGAAUUCAGUAGUGAUGAAGACAGCAGCUGAAGCCACCAUCCCGUGUCUUGUUACAAACCCCGAGACUGUAGUCACUCUUUACGAAAAGAAAAGUAUGCAACCGAUAGAGGGAGUAUACCAACCAACAGAAGGCUUCACUGGGAUUGUGGAGGACAAAGCUUAUUUCUGCAAAGCCACCAUGAAAGAUGAAGAUCAAGACUCAGAUCUGUUCUAUGUCUACAGCAUUGAAGUACCUGAGGUGUUUCGAGCUUUCAUUAAUGCCUCCAAGCAAGUAGUGAAGCAAGGAGAACCUCUCGUUGUUAACUGCACGACACAUGGAUCAGAGCUGGCGUUAUUCAACUGGGACUAUCCAAGAAAAGUGUUUAACAAAACCAUCGAGCCUGUAACAGAUGUGACGGCGGGAGCAGAGUGGAACCUACGCUCAAUACUCAACAUAACAAGUGUCAGUUUGCAGGAUUCAGGCACCUACAUCUGUAGAGUCAGUCAAGGCAUACACGAGGAAGAAGCGGAGGACCAAAUCAACAUCACUGUGAUCGAGAAUGGCUUUGUGAGACUGACUUCUGAACUGCCCACAAACCUCUCUGCCAAGCUGCAUGAGAGCUUCAGUCUUCAGAUGAUGAUAGAGGCCUAUCCAGUACCAGUAAUCAAGUGGCUGAAAGACAACAUGACCCUUGUUGACAACAUGAAUGAAGUGUCAAUAGAGACAGAGGCAUCUGAAGAGACAAGGUAUUCAACCACGUUGACUCUGGUGCGGAUUAAUUCUGAACAGAAUGGCAUUUACACAGUCCAGGUCUCAAAUGAGUAUGAUGAUCAAGAGCUCAGUUUUCACCUUCAGGUCAAUGUGCCUCCACAUAUGCUGGAACUUUCAGACCACCAUCCAACUGAGGAGGGCCACGCUGUGGUCUGUGCUGCAGAAGGGAUGCCAGCACCAGAAAUUGAGUGGUACACCUGCAAUAAGAAAACUAAAUGCAGCUUUAAGGACAUUUCAUGGAGUCCACUAUCCACUUAUCCUGAGAAUAUCAGCAGCCAAACCAAUGUCAGCUUUAACGAAAGCCGCAGAGUGUUUGUGUCAAGGAGUGUUGUUGUUUUCAAAAAAGUGCAGAGCUUGCUGUCAGUCCGCUGCAUUGCCAGGAAUGAGCUUGGCACCAAACUUCAGGAUGUGAGACUGGUAUCCAACUCUUUGAACUCCCAGGUUGCUGUCAUAUCUGCCAUCCUUGCUCUCUUGGUAAUUGCUCUGGUUGCCCUUAUUGUUCUCAUAAUACUGUGGAGAAAGAAACCUCGUUAUGAGAUUCGCUGGAAGGUGAUUGAGUCGGUGAGCUCUGAUGGUCAUGAAUAUAUUUAUGUGGAUCCAAUGCACUUGCCCUAUGAUCCCAGCUGGGAAUUUCCAAGAGACAGCCUGGUUUUAGGUCGAACUCUGGGUUCAGGAGCCUUUGGGAGGGUUGUGGAAGCCACCGCUUACGGCCUGAGCCACUCACAGUCUGCAAAUAAAGUCGCAGUGAAAAUGCUGAAAUCCACUGCAAGAAGAAGUGAGACUCAGGCUCUGAUGUCAGAGCUGAAGAUAAUGAGUCACCUUGGGCCUCACCUCAAUAUUGUCAACCUUCUGGGAGCCUGCACUAAGAGAGGCCCAAUCUAUCUCAUCACGGAGUUCUGCCGCUAUGGAGACCUGGUAGACUACCUGCACAGGAACAAGCACACUUUUCUACAGUAUUACGCUGACAAGUCAAGACGGGACACUGAGAUGUACAGCAAUACCAGUACAAAUGGCCAGGGAAAGACCUAUGUAACACUGACUAGUGAAAGCGAUGGAGGAUACAUGGACAUGAGUAAAGACGACUCCACGGAGUAUGUGGCGAUGCAGUCAGACAGCAUUAAAUAUGCAGACAUUGAGCCAGCUGUUUAUGAAACCCCCUACCAGAGGGACAGUUACCAAGGACAAGGACAAGAAAGAGUCAACAACUCACUUGUGAUUAAUGAGUCCCCGGUUCUCAGCUUUACAGACUUGGUGGGAUUUAGCUAUCAAGUAGCCAAAGGGAUGGAUUUCCUGGCUUCUAAAAAUUGUGUGCAUCGGGAUCUGGCAGCCAGAAACGUUUUAAUUUGUGAAGGGAAGCUGGUGAAAAUAUGUGAUUUUGGACUUGCACGGGACAUCAUGCACGACUCCAACUACAUCUCAAAGGGCAGCACUUUCCUGCCUUUGAAGUGGAUGGCUCCCGAGAGCAUUUUCCACAACUUGUACACCACACAGAGUGAUGUCUGGUCAUAUGGCAUCUUAUUAUGGGAGAUCUUUACUCUUGGUGGGACCCCUUAUCCUAAUCUUCCUAUGAAUGAGUUGUUUUACACUGCCCUCAAGAGAGGCUACAGAAUGUGCAAACCCACCCACGCAACAGAUGAAAUCUAUGAAGUUAUGCAAAAGUGCUGGGAUGAAAAGUUUGAGAAAAGACCAGAAUUUACAAGCCUGGUUCACUCUGUUGGGAACUUGUUAGCUGAGUCUUAUAAGAAGAAAUAUGACCAAGUGGAUGAAGAAUUCUUUAAAAGUGAUCAUCCUGCAGUGGUCCGAACAAAGCCAAGGAUUUUGGGGAGAGAUAAUUUAAGACCAGCUUCCUCUUCCUCAGAAAGACCUGAUUCAGCCCUGAGUCCAGAUAAUGAAUAUAUCAUCCCAAUACCGGAUCCAAAGCCAGAGGAGGCUGAAGUGAAAGUAGCUGAAACAGAGACAAAUACAAACAUACAAGAAAAUGAGAAUUACAGUACGGUUGUUGCAGUGAUCCCAGAGGAAUGCCAGGUCACACCACAGGAACUGGGACAGAUUUCAGAUGCUGAGCAGAUUAAAAACGAGCCAGAAGUGGAAGACAGCUUUCUGUAGCUUGCAGCUUGACUUGUGUGGAAAGCCUAGUCAGGCGGUACAAGAAAAGCAGAUUUGUAGCCAGUGUCAUUUGAGGUGCCAUCAGCCAUUGAAUCCUUAAUGCUAAAAAAAGAAAAAGGCCAUUUAGAAUGAUUGUUUCUGCUGGCCAUGCCAAUAAAACUGAAAUGUCCACGGAGAACGGCCACAUUAUACGGGGAGUCUUCUGCUUUUACACAUGUGAUAAGUUACAAUGUGCACUAUUAUACCUAACGUCUGGAAGUCAUGAUCUGGCUCCUCAACUGCGGAAAUCCUUGUCCUCAAAAUUUACUGGUACUUUUGGUAUUUCUUGAGCAUAAAACAAGGAACCCAUCUGAGAAGUGCAAAGUAACAUAUUCCUACUAUCCAGAUGACUUCAGUUAUCUGAAUCCCUACUCCGUAGCACAGAAAAGCCUGCUGAACUCUUACAAUUGUCUUACAGCCUUGGAGGCUUCUACCACAUCUUUGAACAAACGGCUUCAUGCUCUUGAGCUCUCCAGUCUUGGUGAACAAAAAUAGCUCACCCGUCUCCUAAGCCCAAGGCAUAUACUACAUUCCAUGCCAUGAUGAUGAAGGUUAUCUCCAGCAUGACAUUUAUUGAAACAAUCAAACCUAUGCUCUUCAGCACAUUCUAAAUUUAGCCCCAAAUCAUGUAAUGGAUAUGGAAAGAUCAACUGAUGUUUUUAAUCGAGUAAGUCAGCAUUUCCACCUUGAAUCUACAACCAGUCCUCACUUAGUAGAGCACAAAAACAAAUAGAACGUGAAGCACAAAAACAAAUAGAACAUCUUCUAACCUCAAGGAACAUUCCUACUGUGCAAGACGCUUCUGAUGUUCACAGCCUAUCGUUCAUCAGCUUCUUCUCAAUGGAACACAAAAUUGCAGACCUCAAGGAAUAUUUCAGCCUCGUCAUCCUCCACGGUGGCCAAAAGCAACAACUUGCCUGUUGAGCUCUAAAAAUAUUUGCUAUGGACUACUGGGGUGGUGAAAAAAAUCUUCCUCUCCGUAAGUGUCUCCUACAGAGCUUAAUUACACUCCUCAUGUAUUCAGCAAUUCCAAAAAGAUGUGUUUUAAAUUAAUUGAGCUUCAGUUUAAUUUCAUGUAGCAUGUAUGACUGCCACAAUGAUUAAUGAAUGUACUAAUGCAAAUAGUGAGAAUAAUAACCAGAAUCGUUACAUUACAGCAUAAUUUAAAGGCAGUCAAUGUUGUUUGGGGCACAGUGGUUAGUGCUGCUGCCUCUUGGAUGUAAUGUCAUGGGCUCAUUAUGACCCUUUUAUUUUUGCUGUGUUUGUAAAAAAAUGUUUGUUGCAGUGUAUAAAAUGAACCAUUUCAGCAUUCUGCACAAGCAGUAUUCACAGAUAUCAUUUAAAUAAUACAUUUAAAGCACAUUAGACUUAUUAAUGUUAGUUCCAAAAAGUUGGAAUUGAACUAAGUAUUGUUUAUUAUCAAACAAGUCUAGAGAAUGCAUGCUAAGUUGAACAGGAGUUUUAAUGUUCCCCCAGUAUACAAAGCCAAGUCCCAGAAUGAAAUGGCGCCCUCUGCAGGGCUGGUCCCUGUCUUGCGCCCAAUGUUAUCAGCAACAAUGACGGAUUUUAGAUAACAAAUAGUUUGGAUAUGAAAUACUCCUUUAGCCCACUUCUACUAAACUAGUUAUUUUUAUUAUAUAUACCCUAGGUUCUUGUCUAUAAGCCGGACUCAUGU